GAUGACGUGGUUCGGUCCGUGGAGCAGAGCAGCAGGAUGGCCGACCAGAGUAGGCAAAUAAAACUCGCUGCAGCUAAGAAAAAGCUGAAGGAGUUCCAGCAGAAGAGCUCCCCUGCUUCUGUAGGAGGAGAGAGGGGAGGAGGAGGAGCAGGUGGCGGAGCGGGGGCCAAGAAGAAGAGGAAGGUGAAGGGACCGGGCCAGUUCGAUGCACCUUCUACAGACAGAAACUCUCCAGAUGAUUUUGACACUAUUCUCAAAACUCUUAGUCAAAGCAAUGGAGUAGUUCUCCCUCCUUAUGUCAACUGUCAGACCUUCGCUGACAUGGAGGCUGUGGGGUCACCGGUCCCCCAGCUACUGGAGGAGCCAACCAGCGAGUCUGGUCGCAGCUCUCCCGCGUCUAACCCCGCUAGCGCUAACACUGCUACUAAUCUCGAGUCUGUCGGUCACAACCCUGACCUGCAGGACUACCCUGAUACCAAUGGAAAUGAGAGUUCAGUGGAGGAAAAUAGACCGCUGUCUUCCACAGAGAGCCUGAGACAACUCUCGCAGCAACUGAACGGACUGGUCUCUGAGUCAUCUGCUGCUUAUGUGAAUGGAGACGCGGCGCCUGCUGUUAGUGAACGGGAGCUGGAGAGUCGGAACCAGGAGCUGGCAGCCGCCCUGGAAUCCAGCAACCUAACAAACGCUCAGCUCAAUACCAAGCUAGACCAGCUGGUACAACAAUCUCAGGAGCUCACAGAUCAGCUACAAAAGGAGCGGAAAGAAUUUGAACAGAGAUAUUCGAAAGAGCAGGGAGCCAUGCGGGAGCAAUUACAGGUUCAUAUCCAGACCAUUGGCAUCCUGGUAUCAGAGAAAUCAGAGCUUCAAACAGCACUACAGUACACACAGCAGGCUGCACGCCAGAAAACAGCUGAUGCCGAGGAGCUAAAUAACCGUCUGCAGGCAACAAAGCAGAGAGUAUCGGAGCUGGAGAGAACUCUCUCUUCAGUCUCAGCGCAGCAGAAACAGUUUGAAAAGCACAACAAAGAAUUUGAAAAGGAAAGAGACAGUUUGAGACUGGAGGUGUUCAGACUCAACAACUUGAGUGAAGAGUCGAAGCAGCAGAACUCUGAGCUGUCGGAGCAGUUAAAACUGAGAACGCAGGAAAAUGGUGCGAUGAGGCUGGAGGUGGAAGAUCUUCGCAAGAGGCUGGAGAUAGCGGAUCUCAUGUUACAACAGUGCUCCAAUCAGUCGGAUCCCUCUAGUGUCAACCAGCAGGUCCAGCUACUGCUAGAAGAGAAGCAGCAGCUGGAGGUGCACAAUCACCAGCUUAUGGAGUCCAUCUCCCAUCUGAAGACGGAGAGGGAUUGUUACGCGGAGCAGAUCCAGGAGGAGGGACGUGUAUGGAAGGACAAAACAGAACAGCUGCUAACACAGGUGUCCUUGGUGGCAGAGGAGCGAGACAGAAAUAUUAACCGAGUUCAAGAACUGGAAGCCAGCAUCGCAGAGCUGAAAAACGCUGCUGCGUUAUUGUCCCAGGAGAGAGAAGCUCAACUUGGAGCAGAGCCUCAACCCUCAGGGCCGUCAGAGAGUGAGGUGGCUCUGCAGGAAGCUCUAAACAAUCUGCAACAGGAGAAAGACGCUGUUAGUGCACAGUACCAGGCACAGCUGCGGGAUAACGAGCAGCUGAGCCGCAUGUGUGCGGAGCAGGAGGCGCGUCUGGGGGAGCUGGAGCGGCAGGUGGAGAGUCAGACCCAGGAGGCAGACGACCGCCGACGCAUGUUAGAGGAUGUGCAGUCGGACAAGGCCACUAUUAGCCGCGCUCUCACCCAGAACCGUACACUGAAGGACCAGCUGGCUGAGCUACAGAACGGUUUUGUCAAAUUGACUAAUGAGAACAUGGAGCUGACCACUGCCAUCCAGUCAGAGCAACAUGUGAAGAAGGAGCUGGCUCGCAGGAUGGGGGAAUUACAAGAGGAGCUGCACAACGUCAAGGAGCAGUUGGAGCUGAAAUGUCAGGAGACUCAGGGUCUGAUGGAGCAGAGGGACCAGGUAGUGGCCCACCUGCAGCAGUACUCUGCUGGCUACCAGGCCUUGGCCUCAGAGAGGGAACAGCUGCACCAACAGUAUCUCCAGCAGAGCCAGCUCAUGGACCGGCUGCAGCACGAUGAAAGCCAUGGCCGUGCACAGCUGGAGAUCAGUCACACUCAGCUCAAACAAGCCCAGGAGCAUUUGCAGCAGUUGGUCCAAGACAAUGAGCAGCUGAAGGCUGAGGUGAAGGAGCUGCUCAGCAGCUCGGCUCUUGUGUCAGUUUCCAGAGACCAGGGAGAUGGAGUGGAGAGCCAGUCCCUGCAAGAGAGUCCAAACAAGUCGUCCGCCAUAGUUAUUCCUGAAGACUUUGAGAGCCAGAAAGAGAUGGAAGACUUUAUCCGAGGAGCUUUGUCCCAGUUGGAAGCGGAGCGGGACGAGGCCAGAAGGCAACUCGAGGAGGAGCACAGGCUCCAUAUGGCAGCGCGGCACCAGGCGGCUGUGGCGCUCAGUCUGGAGCAGCAGCACCACAGCUACAAACCCGUUCAUGACCACGAGCACGAUCACAGUCACGGCCAACACAAUCACUGUGAACACGGUCACGAGCAUUCAGGAGUGCCGGUGGAAGUUCAUCAGGCGCUACAAGCUGCAAUGGAGAAGCUUCAGCACCGUUUCACGUCCCUCAUGCAAGAGAAAGCUGACCUGAAGGAGAGGGUGGAGGAACUGGAGCACCGCUGCAUCCAGUUGUCUGGAGAGACCGACACUAUAGGGGAGUACAUCGCCUUGUACCAGAAUCAGCGGGCUAUCAUGAAGCAGAAGCACCAAGAGAAAGAGCAAUACAUCAGCAUGCUGGCCCAGGAUAAGGAGGAGAUGAAGGCGAAGCUGGCGGAGCUGCAGGACCUUGUGAUGAGGCUGGUGGCUGAGAGGAACGACUGGUACAGCCGCUACACUGGAGCUGUAGCCGGCGUGGGCUCAGUCAACCCCGACCUGCUUCCUGUUGGGAAGGAUCACACUCACCCAGAGCAUCAAGCCCAUACAGAGCUUAAUGCUCUCAGUGGAGCAGAUGCGAUGGAGGUCAUCCCUCUGUCAGACCCCUCCCCGGGCCUGGAGGCGUCCUCAUCCCAGACGCUAUCAGCUGUUCAGACUGACUCCAAGCCCCUGGCGCCCAAAGAGGACGGCACAGCCCAACAAAUCAUGCAGCUGCUCCAGGAGAUCCAGAACCCGCAGGGAGCUCAGAGAUCGCCCCCCUUCCUCGGGGAGAACCCCUGCAUCCCCUUCUUUUACCGGCCUGACGAACAGGAAGAAGUCAAGAUCAUGGUGGUGUGAGGUGUGUGUGUGUGUGUAUGACAUAGACUCUUGUGUGCGUGGGAGAUAUUGGACAUGUCUUGAAGUCUGGGGAAUACGAAAGCCCUCAGUUUACCAUAUUUGUAGCUUAUUGAUCCCAUUCACACACACACUUAUCGUUUGGAAAUUCGACCCCUUACAAAACUGGUCACGAAGUGUCUUUGACCCAGUUACAUUAAAACGCCCCGUCUUUAUUCCGUGUGUCGGCACCAGUGUGCGCAUAGUUAACACGAAAGAGGAUUUUCUGUUUGUUGUCUUUACGUUCUUGUUCGUCUACGACGCUCUUCCCAGAGAGGAGGUAAUCAGUAUUCCUAACUGCAAUCCGAUUAUUCUCCUCGCUGUGAUGUUUGAAUUCCCCAUCUCUCACAUAUGUGCAAUAAAGGGGGCCGUAUAUUCUGCACCCUCGCUGAUCCAGUACUUAAAGAGCUGUGAGAAACUAGCGGCUUUUUUUCGCGUGCGACUUUAUUCAAGUGCAAAUCUCAGUUUUAAUUCACUGUACUCAUGCCAAAAAAAAAAAAAAAAGAGCAACGUGUUUGAAUGUAAUACGCCGAAACAUAUACCUGUAUGUGUGUGUGUGUAAUGUGAAGAGAAGUAAGGCGGGUGGCGGGUGGCAAAACGAAUAAAUGCGGAGGACUAAGGCAAAGUUAAGUCAGUUAAGGAACUUGUUGCACACGUGAGCUUUGAAGCUGCGAGUGCUGUUUUGAAGCGAAGAGCCUGAACGAUCAGGGAGGAUGGAGGCAGAUGUUGCCGGUUGGCGCCGUUCAUAAAACUACUUCUUCUUCUUCUUUUUCUUCCAAACACUGAAAAUAAGUUUGUUGAACAUGUUUUUGUGUGAAAGACUGAGAGAUAGGGCAUAGAUGCAAUUUAACACGACCCCACGAAGUAAAAGGUUUUGAGUAAAAGUUCUGAAGGUACUACAGGCAUCUUCUCCAGGCUUGAGGCGGCGCUCUUAAAGUUACAUACAUGGUUUUCGACCGCUCUCAUCACAGUCCAUCUUCUCCACCGUAACUUCCUUUCAUGGGGUCUUUACAAGAAUUGACACUAUCCAAAUGUUCCUUCCUGUUACUUGUAGUUUUACAUAUCAAAGAUGAAUUAACAACUGGAUCGUGUGUAUGUGUGUGUGUGUGUGUGUGUAGUGAAUCUCCUCGGCCAAACUUGCAUUUGUUGUAAAUUUCUUUUUGGUAGAGUUCUAUCAGAUUAUAUAAUUGCACUAAAACUGUACAAAGCUUCUCGUUCAGCUUCUUGUCCACGCUCUGAUUGGACGGUGGCGUUUGAUCCCAUGAAGCUCCGACGCUGAGGAUCCCACCGGAAGCGAAAGUGCGUCGGUGUGUGUUUGUGUCGCGCUCACACGAUUGAGAAUGAUUUCCAAAACCUGACGGACCAAUCCAAUUUUGGGGAAAUGAACAGCUCUCGUCACAAAACUACAAAAACAAAUUCUGUCACCCAUGUUGGCAAAUAACAUUUCAUCUUUGGGCAUUAAAAACUAAAAACUAGGGAGAUUUUUCUGUGGAUGAAAGUGAUGAGUGUCCAGGUUUAAGGGAGAUGCUCGUGUUCACAAAUAUAGAUUUAUUUCCUUCCCUUCACAGCUAAUAACACUUGACACUUGAGCUACAUCAUAUAUAUAUUUCUUCUCCAUUUCAGAUCAGAUCAAGGCACCACUUGCUUGUCUCUCCAUCAUUUUAAUAUGCAAAGACUUGAGUCUCACUGCGAGGUAAAACAUGAAAACAAAACACUGCAGGAAUUUUUAUUUGGAUUUCUCUGACGUUUGAGAGGAAGUGCUUGUUUCGCUGUAGAGGACACAUUUAUUAAAUUAUUAAACUUGAUAUUUAAAGUAACGGGGCAGGAAGCAGCUGCGCAAAGUUUGGUAUUGUAAGUAUAUUAACCCGAGGCUUAUUAAAACGUAAAGUAUGUGGUUGCCAUAUGUACUCUGUGUUGUUUAGAGGGACAGUAAACGACACCUGAACCACAGCACUUAACGGCAAACUUACUCCUUUAAUUCAAAAUAAUAAUAAUUCCUCAAAUCUUAGCUUUCUGGUUUUCUCUGAGCGUGUCACAGGUUUCAUUUUAUUUUAUUUUAUUUUAUUUUAGCUUUUUUCCGAAGGUCAGACCAAGACAUAAAUACACAUUAGUACUGUUUUGGGGGAUUGGGGGUUGUAAGAUAAAUAAAUGAAGAUGAAAUGAUUUCCCACGCUUUCUAAUUCACCGUUAAAUACGUUAUACGCGUGAUUGCAACGAAUGAGAAAUGAUAAAGCAUUUAUUGUCCUUACUGUAAAAGAGGUGGUGUGUGUGUGUGUGUGUGUAUGUAUAUACUGUAACUGUGUAACAUAUUGUAUAUUCAUGAUGCCUGGAUGGUGUGUAGGGGGUGGGAGGUGGCUGGCAGUGUGGAUAGUUGUCAGGUUGUUGUUGGUUACUGACUGGCUGUGAUUUAAUACGAAGAUUGGGUUAAGUUAAAAGAAAACAAAAAGAAAGAAAAGAAAAAAGAGAGAAAAUAUUGUAUUUAUUUGGAAUAAGUUAGUAUCUCAACUAAUCAGUUUUAAUGUAAAUUAGAAGUUGGACAUGAAGGAUCACUGAGAGGUUGGUUUGAGUGCUGCUUCUGUCAGAAGCUUUCUGAUUAUUAUUUUUUCUUGAGUAAUAUUUUCUCCCCUUCUCCUGAAUAAAACUGAUUGAGCAACUUAAA